AUGAUACUGGAAGGCGUCACUAGACUGAGGACAAAGGUGAUCGAACUCAAUCCAAACUUCAUUCAACACUUAGACGUUGAAAGCCUUUUAAGUCUCUUUGUUGAAAACCUCUUUUCCAGUAUGAGAGGGGGUAACACGGACACUCCCAUGAUGCUCGACUUUUGCUUGCGUUUUUUCCCGAUGUAUUAACGAGUUAUUAAAACGUGUCACAGGUACGAGCUACAGGGACUUUACAAAUCCAGUGGCCUCGUACUACCCUCAGCCUACUUUAGGUGAUGUUGAUAUAAACUUCUGCGACCCUGCAAGAUUACCGAAGCCUUUGUCUGGUUGCUUAUCCAAAAAGCAAUUGGAUGAGAUCCGUCAGUGGGUACAGCAGUACGUUAAACGUGUCAGACAGAAUACCACAGGAACUUUUCAACACAAGACAAGCCAGGCACCUUGCCAUUGA